GAUUACAGAACCUUGGUGGAAAACAAUUCCUUCAAACACAUAGACUACUGUCGCAAUCACUCUGGAUACUCAGCCUCGCUAAAAGGUGCUGACCGAAAUCCCGAUUGGGAAGCUCCACCGAAGUCUGGAGGCUGCGAUCAUUCAAGCUCUCACUUCUGUUAUUCGUCUCUUCUCUUUGAUUUUGAAAACACUCUACAAUUCCUUUAAACAUCUUAUGUCAACGAUCGCAAACCUAAGCGAGGGACGGUGUAGGCCCCAAGCCUUAGGAUCAGGAUAGCUUCAGGAUGGAUCCAAUAUCUUGCCUGUCUCUCGCCAGCAACGUAGCUCAGUUCAUAGACUUUUCUUUCAAAAUAUACUCCGGAACCCGACAGUUGUAUGAAGAGGGGAGACUGGAUGUGCAUGAGCAGACCUCCAAAGCAGCAGAAGACCUUAGCAAUUUCAGCGGAGAUGAAGCGCUCAAUUCUCAUAGGGCCAGGUCAAUCAAGCCUCAGAAACAACGAAAAAGAGCUCUUGGUAUUAUGCAAAGAGUGUGGCAGGGUUGCAGAUGAAAUGAUCACUCAGUUGAAAAACUUCGAAAUCACCCCGAAACAAAACCUCUUGAAAAGUGUGGGGCACGUGCUUAAGAGUAUGUGGUCCUCGAAAGAGCUUGCGGAAGCCGAAAAGAAACUUGCCCGAUAUCGAGAUAUGAUGAAUUCUCGACUCUUGGGCUCUUUGUGGUAAGGGAGUGCUAUCUUGUAUAAAUUUGAUUGAAGCUGACUUGCCAUAACAGGGAGAGGGUCGAUCAGGUCGUCAGGGAGCAGUAUGCACAAAAGACUUCCAUCGAUGAUGAUAUUCGUCAAAUCUUUGCCAGCGCUCUACUCGAUAUUAACGCUUCAAUGAACAGCGAUCUGCAAAAGCAUACGAUGGUGAUUGAAGCGCUUGUUAAUCGAGAAGUAAAAAACUUCAAAGACAUAGAUCAAAUCCACAAAGGCUUGCUUGAGAGUCCCAGAGAACGCUCUUCUAACUAUGUUAAUGUCAAGGAGGAAGAUAAGAAGGAAAAUGUGGACAAUGAUGAAAAGUUCUUUUUUCGGAUUCAACAGAGGGAAGCCAUUUUACACAAGGCUAUGACACAGGACAUUCUUGACAGCCUGCGGUAUGAAACUAUCAAUGAGGCGUUAUGAGGGUAUCUCCGAAGCUCACAGGAAGACGUUCGAAUGGAUUUUGGAGCCCAUGAAACAAGUUGGCGAUGGCUUAGGCGAGCCGCAAUGGAGUGAUUUUGUUCACUGGCUUCGAGAAGAAAAUGGUAUAUAUUGGAUCAACGGCAAGGCUGGUUCUGGGAAAUCCACAUUGAUGAAGUAUAUUUACGAGAAUCCCCGAACUCGUGAUCACUUACAGGUUUGGUCAAAACAGACCACCCUUCAUGUCCCCCCAUUCUUCAUUUGGUGGCGCGGGACAGCAGUACAAAAGUCUCAAGAUGGCCUACUUCGUUCUCUAUUCUUUGAUAUUCUCCAGCAAAUUCCUGAAUUGAUUGCGGCAGUUUUUCCAUCCCUAUGGAAAUCGUUGUAUCUCGCCAAAAAUGGUUUCUCUAAGCUACAGUCAGUAAGUAUUGUCGUCCUCGUCCUGAUUCAUCAAUUAGCUAAACCGUUAACAGCUCAAUUCCUUAACCACUUCAUCUCUUUCUGCCGCCUUUCAAAGUCUUAUUGCCCAAAACGAAAUUCCCAUCAAAUUGUGUCUGUUCAUCGAUGGGCUGGACGAGUAUGAAGGCUUGGAAGUGGAGAUAGCUAAGGUUUUCAAAGGUGUGGUCUUGUCGCAGAACGUGAAAGUCUGCGUCAGUAGCCGCCCCCACGUUCCAUUCGAAGACGCUUUUACAGAAUACCCAAUGCUUCGAUUACAGGAUUUAACGGAAACUGACAUUCAUCGUUAUAUUCAAGAUCGCUUGGUCAAUGAUGAGAUGAUGAGGGUUCUCAUCUCCAAGGAACCGGGAGAAUGUCGGGACCUUGUAAAUGAGAUUGUUGAUAGUGCCCAGGGUGUUUUUCUGUGGGUAAUGCUUGUUGUAUCAUCUCUGAUCAAUGGACUCAGCAACCAUGACCAUAUUUAUGACUUACAAGCACGACUCAAAAUGCUGCCCAAGGAUCUAGAUAACUUGUAUGAGGAAAUAUUCUUGAAAGUCGAUGGCUUUUAUGCUGAAGAAGCAUCACGUCUUUACCAACUCAUAGCAGAGGCUAUAAAACAACCAGGCGACUGGGAACCGGCUAAUUUGCUGUCGCUUCGUACACUCUCACUUGCUUCGAGAAAAGACUUAGAUAUAGCUAGUGAGAUCAAGAUACCGUCUACUGAUAAGACUGUUUUACUUGAGCAAGCAAAAAGAAUGGAUGUGUUGCUCAAAACUAGGUGUGGUGGUCUGAUCGGUAAGUGAUGCGACGCUUUGAUUACGCCCUUCUAGCACUUUGCUCUUCCUGGUUCAAAUGCUGAAAGUAACACUGUUCAUGCGCUCAUCUGGCUAUCUCCACAAAUAAAACCACUAACUCACGCCCCUUUGCCAUAGAGGUCCAGCACGGAAAGCACAAAACUGCAGAACUUACUCCAUCGAUGGGAGUCUCUUAUCUACAUCGAACGGUCAGAGAUUUCCUUGAGGCGCGAAAAACUCGAGCUGUUCUUUUGCAGCGAACUGGUGGAUACCAAAAUAGUGCCUUCAAACCUGCUGUUGCAAUUUUCAAAUCCCUCGCUAUUCAGAUCGGACAACUCAGCGAAAGCGAACGGGAGGGAGACAUUGGUCGGACGAUGAAAAACCAGGGUUUGACCUACGCCAGAAGAAUUGAUUUGGACAAGCGCCUUUCUGACGAUGAGCUUCUCUACCUUUGCGACACUUUUGCACAAGCUGCUCACUGGCCCUCGAUGAUACAUGCCGCCAUUACAACAUCUCUUUGUCGCUACUUGCAACUGAGAUUAGAAGACGACGAUCAUUUAGAGCACGACGCCCUGGAUAAGCCAGCAUUGGACGCACUAGUACCAUUUGAAGGCAAUACUUUUCUCACGCCCCGCACUGUAAAACUCUUGAUCAAAUUCGGGGCAAGGCCAAAGUUGCGUUUUAACGGAUCCACGCCUUGGAAGAACUUCUUAUCACACGUACUCGUUUACAAGCAAAAGGAGGAAACACCAGGAUACCUGCUUGUAACCUGGAGCGAAAUUAUAAUUACACUACUUGAGAAUGGUGCAAGCCUUGUAGCGAAGUUUGUGGGUCCUGAUAGACACGAAUUUCGCAUGAAAGGAACAGAGAUAAUAUCUAUCUUCGUAGGCAAUUUGUGGUCCGUAACGGACAUGAUUGAAGCAGUUUUCGAAGGCAAUACCAACAUACAUCACAGACUCAGAAAAAGUGUCCAGAACGCCAAGGACAAGAAGCCACCAAAGAAUCGUAAUGAGGAUCGAAGCCAAAAUCGCAAAGCGGCUCUAAUACUAAACAACUGUGCCAAAAGUCCAGAACCAACUCCUGCGACAAUCAAGGCAUCAGAGACUCAGAAAACGGAUUCUGGGUCAUGUUGCAGUCUGCAACGAACAACGUUAAUCCUCACUGAAGCUGUUACUCUAUCAUUCAGAACAAUUACUGUCUGACCAAGGGACUCAUUUUUGCGACACAAACAACUAUAUCACUUGGCCUGUAGGUGUGCUUAUGUAUUCAGAUUUACACGGGCUCGUAUAUCAAUUGACAGACAGCUCUAUUUUCGGAGGGUCCAUUUACUUUCAAUAUCUUCAAAACUAUCUACUUCAAUACUGGGAACAUCUUCCUUCUCUCCCAUAUACACUGCAGGGUACGACGCAGGAUAUCGCUAGCUUAACUCAAACGUUUGUUUAUCUAAGGCAUGUUGGAUAUCUUGUGGCUUCAAUCCUAUUCAUGUAGUAUCUCAAAAAACCGUAUUUGUCCUUGGUCA